AUGACCAAACAAGUUGUGGAUUCCUUAGUUAAUCUGGGUGAGCUACCUUAAAAUUUAUUGUUUUUUUUCUUUAUUUGUGUGGAUACCAUAUUUACUUUAAAUGAGCUUGCUAGCUUCCACUUCUUUCUUUUGGACAGGACAUCAAGUUGGUGAACUGGCACAUGACUAUGUACCAGCCUUGAAACAGUGGGCCAGUUCAAAGGGAAUAAAAAACUCAUAUGAUAGCUGGCAUGGUAUGUACUAUUACAUGGCAGUCCUUGAUGGUGCGAAAGCAUAUAGGCAACUAAUUCUAGAUCCAAGUUUCCAUUAUCUUUCUCAUUUUCUUUGUGAAGGUGGGAAAGGUGUGAAGAAAGCUAUCAAAAAGAUGGCUAGUGGCCUUGUUCGAGAUGCUGAGAAGACUUGGUUUGCUAAAUUAUCGGAUAAAGGUAAUACUGCAUUAUGUCGAUUGCCUGAUGAUUCCCUAGUUCCUUGAGUUUUCAUUGAAAAAUAGAAUAGUGAGAAGUAUGUAACUAUUGUGUAUUUUUAUCACCUUGUGAAAUAAUGUGCUUUCAGUGAAAUGUACAAAGACACACAUUCAUUAUGCUAUGAAAAAUUGCAAUGAAGAUGCCACCAGAUCAAGAAACUGCAUUACCAACAUUGUGGAUCAUUACAAGGUAUCUUACUACAAUAAUAGAGUUUACUUUGCUGUUGAAAAUGGUUGAUUUCACAAAUAUAUUACCUGUUGCUUAUACUCUAUAUUAAACUUCUGCAGGGAAAUCAUAACAAUUGCCAUAGAGACUCUCGCUGUCAAGAAGAUGGUUAUGUUUGCAGCAAGAAACCUCUUGUCAGUGAAAGA